GAGCACACAACCAUCCUACAACCACACAAGCCCAAUGCCUUUCCUCGCUGUGUCAAGUGGGAUCUGACUGCUUUACAAAAGAAGAUGAAAACCACCUCUUUGACUGAUAUUGGUUUUAAUGAGGUUAAUGCUGGCGAACUCUUUGCAACCCCAAUAGAAUUACAAAAGUUCAGGCGUACAACAUUGAAGGUGGAGCCUAAAAUUUAUGAACCAGCCACAACAUCUCCCAACCUAUCUGACAUCAAGAAAAAACAACACAAUGGCAGUAACUCCCAAUUUUCUCGGGAUGGAGUUGAGCUAAAGGACAGUAAUGAGGACAUUCAGAUUCCGUUUAGUAGCCCACAUGAUGUGAGAGCUAUUGUCAUAGCAAACACAAACCAACCUGAUUUCAUUGAUGUGCUUAUCAAAUAAAAUCGAAAGGCUUGUAGCAUCAUAAUGCAAUGGGAAGCAAAAUACAAACACCUUCAAUUCUCAUGGGAGUUAAGGGCAAGAGUCAUAGCUGAUCUUGAACAUAAAUUGUUCAACCAGUCAAGCCCACCCAACAUGAAUACCGAAAUAAAAAAGUGUAUGGAGCAGAAGGAUAAAGAAAUUAAGCGCUUAAUGCAGUUGGCCAUCGACUUAGAAUGCGAGAAAACAAUUCUUCAGGACCUUUAUGAUGACCAGUCAGUCCACAUUGUCACACAGGCUGAGGCACAGAAGCAACCCCCUAGCCCAAUGUAACACAAUCUCAGCCUACCUUCUAGGGUGAAGUGUAUAAAGGAAAAAGAUCGAAAAGAACAUCGCUUGCCUGACUUCCAGUACCCAGACUUACCUGGC